CAAUGCUCUGAUUUAAAUGGAAGUCUCUGUUGUAUGAAAUGCCUUGGCUAUUGGUCGAUUGAUUUUUUUGUGUUUUAGGUUAGUGAUCAAAUGAAAAAAAUGAAAGAGGUGCCAGAGAACUGUAUAUCUGAGAUCUUGUCAUUUACUACUCCUCGCGAUGCCUGCAGACUCGCAGCAGUCUCUAAGCUGUUUAGAUCUGCAGCCUCCUCAGACUCUCUCUGGGACAAAUGGCUUCCUACCCAUUAUGCCCAAAUCCUCGCUAACUCAGUUUCUCCCAUCACGUACUCUUCGAAGAAACAACUCUACUUUCACCUGUGUCAGUCAAUCUUUCUGAACGGAGGAACCCAGAGAUUUUGGCUACAAAGGCCAACUGGAAAAGUGUGUUCUAUGUUAUCUUCCAGAGAAUUCUCAAUCGUCUGGGGUGAUGACGAACGCUAUUGGGGGUGGAGUCCUGGUGAAGUUGCCAAUUCCAGUUUCAAGGAAGUGGCCGAUGUAAAAAUGGUUGGGAAGUUCGAGGUAAAGAGCAGAUUUGACUGCAGGCUGUUGUCACCAAAUACAGACUACUCUUUGUCAUUUCUGAUUAAAUUAGGACCCCAUUCUCGUGGGUGGAAUAACCUUCCCCUGAAAUUUAAUAUCACAACUGCAGAAGGAGAUGAAAUGAAAUCAGGUCGGCUAUUGAUGGACAGGGAAGGAGCAAGAAUAGAUCUGAAUUUGACGAUUGCUCCUUUGAAUUAUCUGAGUGAUGGGUGGAUAGAAGUGGUUGCAGGGGAAUUUACUGCCAAAGCGUACACUGAUUCUGAGAUGCCAAACUACAUUGAAUUCAGUAUGAAAGAGGUAGAUUCUGUUAGAUGGAAAUCUGAACUAUUUUUUGAUGGAGUUAGGAUUCAACCCACAUCAGUUUAGUGGUUUUGGCAUGUAUCAGCUUUUCGUGUUGAACUGAUUUUUUUUACUUUUACAAAAUUUGUAUGAUGAAAUUUCUUGAAAACAUUGUGUCAGAAAGCUGGUGCUUAAGAUUUACUGCAUUUAUCAUCAUAACUGCAGGACUAUAAUUUUGAAUAUGACUCUGUAAUCAACCCAAAACAUAUAAAUAUAAUAGUU